AUGGAAUCUCCCGAAUCGAACCUCCUUGACGUUGCUUCUGUAGAUGGAGACGGCACAAUAACUACUCGUGAACUGGGAACUGUUAUGCGUUCAUUAGGACAGAACCCGACCGAGGCAGAGCUACAGGACAUGAUCAACGAAGUAGACGCUGACGGAAAUGGUACCAUCGACUUUCCCGAGUUCUUGACGAUGAUGGCAAGGAAGAUGAAGGACACCGACUCAGAAGAGGAGAUUAAAGAGGCAUUCAAGGUCUUUGACAAAGAUGGAAAUGGAUUCAUUUCCAGUGCGGAACUGAGACAUGUCAUGCUCAACCUUG